AUUGGAGGAGGGGGCGAGUUGUUUGGGGUUGGUGGGCCGGGGGUAUCGCGUCCGUCUCUCGGCUCGGCUUCUCCAAUAUCUUGCUAGCAUACUAUAGCCUGCCCCGCAACCACUAUGGAUUGUUAACGAGAAAAAUGGAUGAUCAUCGUGUCAGCUGCUUCUGUUGCAAGACGUUCCCCUGAAGAGUAGCUAUGGCUGAACCAGAAAUGUGUCCACACCUGGACUCCAUAGGAGAGGUGACCAAGGAGGACCUCCUCGAGAAAUCCAAGGGAACAUGCCAGUCCUGUGGAGCGGGUGGCCCAAACCUGUGGGCCUGUCUGCAGAGCGACUGCCAGUAUGUUGGUUGUGGAGAGUCGUUCUCCGAUCACAGCACCCUGCAUGCUCAGGCUGAGAAGCACAACCUGACGGUGAACCUGACCACGUUCAGGAUCUGGUGCUAUGUGUGUGAGCGGGAGGUGUUUCUGGAGCACAGGCCGGCGCUGCUGCCUGUCCACGCUGCUCCUCACACCUGUAAAGCCUCAGAGCAGGAAGCGCCUCCUCAGCCACUUAGUCACCCACUGAAAGGAGUACCGAUUGCUGUGGCUGAAGAUGAGGGUUCAGAGUCAGAGGAGGAUGAGGUUAAACCCAGAGGCCUGACAGGAAUGAAAAAUAUAGGUAACUCCUGCUACAUGAAUGCAGCUCUUCAAGCUCUGUCCAACUGUCCUCCUCUCACUCAGUUCUUCCUGGACUGCAGUGGCUUGGUCCGGACCGAUAAGAAACCCGCUCUCUGCAAGAGCUACCAGAAACUCAUCUCCGAACUCUGGCAUAAAAAACGGCCCAGCUAUGUCGUGCCUACCAGUCUGUCUCAUGGCAUCAAACUAGUAAACCCCAUGUUUCGUGGUUACGCUCAGCAGGUAGGGGCAAGCACCCAGCAGGACACUCAGGAGUUCCUGCGCUGCCUGAUGGACCAGCUGCACGAGGAACUGAAGGAGCCGCUGACAGAGUGCAGCAUGAGCGGGGAGGGCAGUGAUGGUGAGGAGAUAAGAGAUGGAGAGCGCUCCCCAUCUGAGGAUGAAUUCCUAUCAUGUGACUCUGGCUCCAGCAGUGACCGGGGGGAGGGGGGGGGGGGAGGCGUGGGCGACGGAGAGCUGCUCCUGCAGGAUGAGUGCGACGGGGUGAGGGCGCCGACCGGAGGAGGGGUGGUGGGCGUCAGUACCGGAGGGGUGAUCUCGGAGAAGGAGAGGCUGAAGGAGAGGAGGGUGUCAGGCUCUCCUCUUCGCGGAGGCUCGCAGGAGAUGGACGAAGACGCCGAUGUGGAUACGGCCGCUGAGGAGGAGGGGGCUCCCGAGCGGGAAGACGAAGAGGAGUUAACGCCCACCACAAACACUGAGGCCGAGAACCAAGAGAACAACCAGUUAUCUGAUACUGGGCAAGGGCAGAGCAGCCAGAGCAGCAGCACCUCAGAGCCAGACAAUGAGGUGACAAUGAGCCAGACUCAGUCCACUCCCUGCAGUCCUGUGAGGACGCUUCAGGAGCUGCAUCCCAAACUGUCCUCCAGCCCGCCUCGCUCCAGCCCCUUGCGCUCUGCAGGGCCUGCGUACGCCUUCAAAAAAGCUCAGCUGCUGCUCAGUGCCAAGAAGAAGAAACAGUCUCACUUCCGUAGUGUGAUCUCAGACAUCUUCGAUGGCUCCAUCCUCAGUCUGGUCCAGUGUUUGACCUGCGACAGGGUCUCUACUACAGUGGAAACGUUCCAGGACUUGUCCCUCCCUAUUCCGGGUAAAGAGGACUUGGCAAAGCUCCAUUCGUCCAUACAUCAGAACCUCCCGGUAAAGACCGGGGUGUGUCCCGACACUUACGGCUCGCAGGGCUGGGUCACCUUCUUCAUGGACUCCAUACGCCGGUUCGUAGUCUCAUGUAUCCCCACAUGGUUUUGGGGGCCCAUGGUGACCCUGGAGGACUGCCUCGCUGCUUUCUUUGCUGCAGAUGAGCUCAAAGGGGACAACAUGUACAGCUGUGAGAGAUGUAAAAAGUUGAGAAAUGGUGUCAAAUUUUGCAAAGUACUUAGGCUUCCAGAGAUUCUUUGCAUUCACCUGAAACGCUUCCGGCACGAGGUCAUGUAUUCGUUUAAGAUCAGCAGCCACGUGUCCUUCCCGCUGGAGGGCCUGGACAUGAGGCCUUUCCUGGCCAAAGAGAGUCCGUCCCAGGUCACCACCUACGACCUGCUGUCAGUCAUCUGUCACCACGGCACUGCAGGAAGUGGACACUACAUAGCGUACUGUCAGAACGUGAUUAAUGGUCAGUGGUAUGAGUUUGAUGACCAGUAUGUGACAGAGGUCCAUGAGACGGUGGUGCAGAAUGCAGAGGCCUACGUGUUGUUCUAUAGGAAAAGCAGCGAGGAGUCUGUGAGAGAGCGGCAGAAGGUGGUGGCUCUGGCCAGCAUGAAGGAGCCCAGCCUGCUGCAGUUCUACAUCUCCAGAGAGUGGCUGAACAAGUUCAACACCUUCACCGAACCGGGCCCCAUCAGCAACCACACCUUCCUCUGUCAGCACGGAGGAAUCCCUCCUAAUAAAUACAACUACGUGGAUGACUUGGUUGUGAUUGUUCCUCAGAAUGUGUGGGAGUAUCUUUACAACAGUUUUGGAGGGGGCCCUGCAGUGAACCACCUGUAUAUGUGCGCCAUCUGCCAGGUAGAGAUUGAAGCUCUGGCUAAACGCAGAAAAACUGAAAUAGACACCUUCAUCAAGCUGAACAAAGAGUUUCAGGCUGAAGAGGCUCCGACGGUGAUCCUGUGCAUCAGCAUGCAGUGGUUCAGAGAGUGGGAGGGCUUCGUGAAGGGCAAAGACAACGAGCCACCUGGUCCCAUCGACAACAGCAAAAUCGGUGUUAUGAAAGGAGGGCACAUACAACUCAAGCAAGGUGCAGACUACGGUCAGAUCUCAGAGGAGACAUGGCAGUACUUGUUGGGAAUUUAUGGCGGAGGGCCGGAGAUCGCAGUGAGGCAGACGGUGGCCCCGGCCGACCCCGACAGCCUCCACGGGGAGAGGAAGAUCGAGGCAGAAACCAGAGCACUUUGAGAUAAAAACAGGUCUUCUGAUUCUCUUUCCACUCCUGUUCUCGCAGGAAGCUGCGGAAUUUGCACCGUGGUGGAGAAACGUCGUCGCGAGCACUUUGUAAAUGUAGCAACGCUUACUCUGACGCCGUGUUGCAAAGAGAGUGAAACGGUACUUUAAAUGUCACAUUAUUUAUUGGAUAACUCUGAUCCUCAAUGUUAAGAUGUGUACAAAAACAGCUGUCGUGUCACAUCUCUGGAGGUGUUUUUGGUAGCUAUGGUGUGUCAGUAGCUGUCAGAUACUGCUGAGGAGGAGAACUGAGGACUUCACUGGAAGCAAAGACCCAAGAGACGUUAACGAGCUUUCUGUUUGCCUGUUUACUAGUUACAUAGCAACACAUUCAGGCAUCAUGUGAGAGAUGUCACAUAAAUCAUACUCUUGCACCCCCAACCUUAAAUACACAGUAUAACUGAGCCCUCAGGAAUGGAGGUCUGUUGUUUGGUUAAGCCAGGGGAAAUGAUCAGAUCUUCAAGAAAAUACCGCAGCAGGUACCAGGAAACAUGCAUGUGUCCAAAAACAAACAAACACUUCAAUAGCUUCAAAACGCAUGAAUUUGCUAUUCCUUUAGUUCAACCCAAUCUAUUUUCUGUGGUCAAAUUGAUUGAAAUGUGUUGUCCCUCUUGUCCGGCACUACCCAUAAAGAGUACGGGCAUAAAGAUAAAUGGCUGGAGUACAGAAAUAGCUGAUUUUUUAGAACAAUUUUAAAACAUGGCAGAAGGGCAGGAAGAGGAUGAGUAUACAUUUGAUGCAGUAGCGGUACAUUUGCAAAAAAUCAUUUCAAAAUUAAAAAAUGAUCAGCACAAAAUGCACAAAUCCAGAAGUUAUGAUUAUUUGAUUGAUCAAGUAUAUUUCUUAUUUCCACAAACAAUCUUGUGCAUGUUUUGUCAUCAGAAAAAUAAGCUAUACUCACACUGCUAUAAAUAUCUGUGCAUCUGCAAGUUGCAUUCUUCUUGAAGAUGCAUUUUAAAAUGAUAUGUAAAAACACACGUCUUCACUAUAGCUCGUUUACUCGUUAAAUCUUAAUAUGUUUGAACACUUCCACCCACACAGGAAGCGAUGAAUCAACACAUUCCUCUAACCGCAACACUCUUUAAUCGAGAAAUAUGUAUUAAGAUUUUUUGCUUUUUUUUUUAUAUCCUUGGAUCACAGAUACUACUCAAACCGUGUGUUGUGCAAUUUAAAAACAAUGAGACACUACAAAGACCUCCAAAUACCAGCCUCUGACUUCCAUUUAAAGCAGCGAACAUGCAGAGUUGCUAAGAGCAGUUACUUUGUUUAAAUCUGAAAUAUCACACUAAAUAUUGUUCUGCAGAUUCCUUCUUUUACAGCAUAAAUUGCGAUUAAAGUACCAGGGUAAAAUCUAGGAGAAAUGGCACGAAGCCAGUCGAAACUUUGGGGGAAAAAUACAUAAAAAACACGUCCUCCUCUUUCUCAUUGUAGACGAAUCACAUGCUUGCCUUUUUUUACUGUACAGACCUGCUGAGUGUGCCGACACAUUUGAAGCCUGCUGUUGUGGUAGAGUGAGCGAUGGGAAACAAGAAUGUCGAGUGUUUCUCUUAUUUUUAUAAAACAUACCAAUCUAGAGUACCCAUUAAAUGAUCUUUCUGUUGCAUUAAAUUAUGUUUAAAUAGCACAAUUACUUUAAACUGUUUAUAAAAUGACUCGGAGCAGACGGUAAUUAAAAAUACCCAACAGACAUUUCUCACUGUAAAUAUUUUGACAUGUCUUAGCAGGAAAAGUUACGAGUACCAUUUACAAUCUAUAUAUAAUAAAUUAAAGUAUGACAGAUAUAGGAGCUGACACCAGAAGCUGAUGUUGCGAGUGAACUUUACUUUUUGGUUUAUUUGACAGUUUUUGGUUCUUGUUUUUUCAGUUUUUUGCAAAGUUACAUUUUAAAUAACUGCUUUUUGGUCACUUGAAGACAUGGAAAACAAUUUGGGAACAAAAGACAGGCAUAACUAUUCAAGUUGAUGUUAGCAAACCGUGGCUAAUUGACACAUUCAAACGUCCCAUACGAACAUUUUCAAUCAUAUAGAGUCACGUUUCUGAUAAAAAGGAUAGCAAUGUUUACUGUUUUGGCUCCGUUUUUAAACACUUUAGGGAAAUACCUGCCUUUUCAUGUACCAAAUCCUUCUAUAUAUUUAUCAGCUAGUCACUUACUAUGUCUGUUUAGUUAGGAACAGGUAGUUAAAGAUGAUUUUUACAUCGUUUACCCUGAAAAAGUGAAAUAGCGGCACAGAAAGCUAAACAAUGAGCUAGAACUAUAAAGCUGCGUAAACCAGAGUGAAGCUGCACAUUGUUUAGCUUCAUCACCACAACCCCUUUCUUAUUAAUUCAUAUUAUUACAAAGAUAAAUAUACACUACCUUUAGGAAUAUCAUUUUUACUUUCAAAGAAAGAAAAAAAACAUUAAAUAAAAAGGAAAAUCCUCAUAGUUCAGACAGAGUCGUCAUACUGAAUAUCCUGUGAGCAAAACCAUUUAAUACUUAACGGAAAAAAGCCAUCAUGAUUAUAAUUCUACUUCAAAUGUUCCUUUAUUUUCACUUUAUUCCAGACCAUGGUCUAAAAUGAUCUCCAUGUUUUCUUUUGUUGUUGUUGAUGUGUCCAAAGAGCAAUUCACCAAUUUUAGUAAUUUGUCUUAAGAAAAACUGUUUUGUAGCAUUUUCGUUUUACACGUGUCCAGUCUGUAUCCAGCAGAGAUGAUAUUGAUGCUAUAGAGAAUUGUGAGUGUGUGCUAUGUUUAGAUUUUUGGGGGAUUAAGUGCAAUGAAAAAAAAUGACAAAUCUUUGUGCAAUGUGGUGUUAAGAAGCGUUGCGUGGUAAUUACUUAAUUAUCCCCACCCGGGAGUUUGUUUGCUUCUGUUACAACACGUAGCUAUGCGUGUGAGAUUUCUAUUUCACAGGGAAAUUCAAGCAUUGCUGUAGUUUGAGAACGUUCAUCAGGAAUAUCGUGACAGCCCGGAGACAGCCCAACAGAUUUCCGCUGACUCAUGUUUUCCCCAUUUUUUACAGUGUGUGGCUGUGUCAUGAUCAUGGUGAUAACACAGGACUUAAGUCUUAAAUGAUAUGUCUUAAUGUCUGUGUAACUGAUGUAAUUACUCAUGACUGGUUUAAUGAUUAAAAUUGCCUGGUCUUUGAUUUCA